AAUUCCCCUCCUUGCUUUUGGCUCCUUCCUAUUCCCACAAUAAACUAUCAAGUCCAUUCCAAGCCGACAGACCAAAAGCGCUGCGUGAUUUCAACAAAUGCUGCCGCUACAUCACCACCCCCCAUCCUAUUGCGUCUUGGCCACAAAGCCCCCAUGGCUCCAGCUGCUCAGUUACCGUUCCUCUUCCUCUUCGCCUUGUGCCAGCUCCCGCUGCGAGCUCAGGCGGCGGCGAAGGCGGUUCCGGUGGUGGGCAACAUCUCCAAGGUGGACGACUCCGAGCUGUUCCAUAUCUACUAUGGCCAGAGCUUCAAGGUCAUCAAGAACAGCGUCGAUGGCAAAAGCUAUCUUCUUAUGCAGAGUAAUUCGAGGAUGGCUGCGAGAACAAAGUACUGCACUGGAAGGAUCAAAUCCUUCGUCGUUCCACUUUCAAAUUAUUCUGUUGACACGACGAAAUUUCCAGUGUCAUUCUUUGAGUUGCUGGGCCUCCUGGAGAGCUUCAAGGGAAUGACAUCAGAUCAAAUUACUUCUCAGUGUUUACUCAAAUCUUACAUUAGUGGUGGUAUCCAACUAGUUAGAAAGACAGACAUGCAACAACUGACUCAAUUCUCUGCACAUUUCAUCAGCAAUGUAGACCAACAGCAAGCCUGCAAUUUUGCUGCUUUUGUACCUCUAGAUGAAAGAACUCCAUUACAGAGAGCUGAAUGGAUUAAGUACCUAGCAACCUUUACAAACUCAGAAGUCAGAGCAAAUUCAGUUUAUGAUGCUGUUAAAGAAAAUUACAUGUGCUUAAAAAAAGCUGCUGCAAACCUUACAUCCAAAUUCAAGCCCAUUGUAGCAUGGGUGGUGUAUAACCAGGGAGUAUGGUCAUUUUCUAAAGAAAGUUUCGAAUCAGAGUUUGUAAGGGAUGCAGGAGGAGAGAACAUUGAUGACACUAUCAGCGAAAAUAGUUACAAUGUUUCAGAUCCAGACGAUAUGGACAAUUUCCAUGCGAUCCUUUGUACAGUGGAUGUUGUGAUCGAUCAGACAUAUGUAGCACAGCCUGAAGUGUACAAGUUGUCAACAUUUCUUGAGAACAUGGACGUUGAAGAUGACUCCCGUUUCGCCUUUCUGACCAACCAAAGGGUAUGGAGAUAUGAUAAGAGAGUUUACAACUCUGCUGUUCUCGACUGGUUUGAUGGAGCCAUCUCGCAGCCGCAGUUGGUUUUAGCAGACCUAAUUGAGGCCUUCUUCCCAACAGGCAACUACAACACAACCUACUUCAGAAACAUUGCCAAGGAUGAAGGAGUCAUCACCAUGGAUCCAGAGUUAUGUGACAGAAAUCCUUCCACGCCCAUGGACCCUGUUAUUGUACCUUGCCAAUGAUGUAAUCUGUAGCUCCUCAUGGCUGAAAUGCAGCAUCUCCUGGAGUUUAGAACUUGACAUCUAAUGCGAAAUUGUUGAUUGCAAUUUUCAAUUUUGUAUUAACAUAUUCUCACUGUUGCUAAUUACUCAAUCAUUGACGUCGGAACAUGUUUGAGUUGCUUCUCCCUCAGAAACAAGAAUAACUGGUAAAUUUGUUGUGUAUUAGAGAUA